AGCUUCGGGGAUUACUCGACACACGCUCCGAAGCCUCGGCGCAAUACGUAUCAUCACUAGUUACAACACAUAUCGGGUCCAAACAUUUAUACAGUCUAUGUCCAACUCCAAACAUGUUUUUUCUUUUCUUUUAGUGACGUAGUUCCGACGUCACCUUUCCUUCCCGCCUGGGAGUGAAAAUGGCGUAUGGUUAUCUCCCCGUGUGGUUGGUAACAUACACUGGUUAGUAGUACACGUCUACUCACUAUCAAGAAACAACUACAUUACGCAUUUAGCUGUCAGUGGAUGAGGCGGUGUUCACUGUUGCUGUCGUGAGGUUUUCGGAGGUUCGGACCCGGUAAAUCACCGCAUAAAGGCGGCAGGAGCUCCCCUCUUCCCGAACCGGGGAGUGUAAAAGGAGCAGUACAGAAUCACUCAAGGAUCUAGGACAUCUGUAGCCUGUUUCCAGCUUUCUUCAAAGAUGUCUGACCUGAUAAGAGGGUUCAGGGCCCAGCUGACCACGAGCAUGGACUCCACCCUGAGGAGAGCUGUUUUUGAAAUAAUGUUGAUCUUUGAGAACAGUCUGCAUGGGUAUCAGAUGGAGCUGGGGCAUAAAGGAGAGGAAGUUGCUCAACUUAAAAUGAAGUUGCAGAGAGCAGAGAUCAGGUUGACUGAAAUUGAGUGUGUCGGCAGCAGAGGAACAGAGGUGAAGAAAGGACGAACUGAAGAUGUUGUGAACGCCCCUAAACCAACAGAUGAUGUUCCUGAGAUUCACUUUGAAGUACCUGAUGACUGGUGUGCUCCCCUGGCCUGUGAGACCUUAACCAGGAAAGAAUAUGCAUGUCCCAGCGUAAGACUGCGCCGGCUGUCCAUUCCUCUGUCGCAGAUUUCCAUCAAGCAGGAGGUGGAUCAGCGUGACAUUGACUCCAACCAGCAAGCAAAGGGUGUCAGGAGAUCCAAGAGAGGUACCUUAAUAAAUAAGAGAACCACGCAGGACAAAACCAUACUAACACAUGACCAAGGAACUCAACAUUCAACCCAGAGAAACGACAUAAAACAAUUGCUCUCAGGCAUAAAGCAGGUGCAUACUGACACAACAAUCAGUACAAGUCUAGGAAAAGGGGGGGGAAAUGUAAAAGGAAAAAAGCAAAAACAUACAAAGAAGAGCAAAGGAGAAGAAAAUAAAAUCGUUACAAGAGAGUCUACAGAAAAGGCGAUUGUAAAAAAUGGCAGGGAAAAAAAGUUCUCCUGCAGGUAUUGUAAGAAGGCAUUUGACACAAUGUUUGGCAGAAGUGUGCAUAUACGAUCACACAAGAAAUGCAAAGGUUGCAAAAUAGAGUUCCCAACUCCAAGUGCUCUAAAGUUGCAUAAACCAUCCUGCAUAAAACUCAAGAAGUUGUUGGCAAAAAAAGCUCGAUCCACUAACCCUCCAAAAAACGAGUCUUUAGGUGAAGAAACCCUGACUGCACAACAGGUCAUCUUUAAAAAAGAAAGCACAGCUUCCUCUAGCAGGCCCAGUGAAUCUUCUACUCAGAAUAAUAAGGGCAACAAAAAGCUAACCUGUGUACACUGCAACAAAACAUGUCGUACUAUUUUGAAUCUAGAGGAGCAUUUGUGUGUUCAUGUUGGUGAAAACAAAUUCCCUUGCAGCAUGUGUUCGAAGCCAUUCCAGAGUAAAAAGGCACUUAGGAAACACAAAUGGAAAAUGCACAAAGAACAAAACAUUUCCAGUGUGACAAAUGAAAGCAAUGCAUGGACCAUGCCUUUGGAGAAUAUGGACGAUAUUUGUGUGGAUUUGAAGCCUCCAAAAAAAGAAAAAAGUCAUGCAAACAACCAUGAAGAUGUUCAGAGGGAUAACAUUCCAGACACAAGCCCAAGUUCAAUAUGGGAAACAAUGGGCACACGCUCCCCUGAGGGCUUCAUCUGCCGGUUGUGCCUGAAGCCCUUUACAGACACACACGGGCUGAUUGAGCACUUUCCCACCCACACAGGAGAGAAGCCAAGCGGGCAUGGGAAAAUGUGUUUGAAGAGGAGACGCAAGUGUGAAAAGUGCAUGAAAACGUUUCCCUCAAUAGUUAAGUACAAUAAGCAUGUCUUGAUCUGUGGGAAAGAUCAUAGUUGUUCCUGUGAGGUUUGUGGGAAAAGUUUCGUCCAUAGAGCAUGCCUCAGGAACCAUAUGGAGCGGUUACAUAAUACGCCAGUAUAAAGUUAGCAUCACCUGUCUGUGGACAUUGAAACGCUGGAUGUUGUCAUUCAUGAUCAAGGAUGACCUGCAUUUAAUCUUUUGUAGGUUUUGUUUUUGAGAGUGAUACGAUCACUAUAUAACUCAUACUAACCAAGUUGGUAUUCACCAUCACAAGUUCAUUGUCACAUUGUGUGAUUUCAUACUAAAGAGCAAAAAAAGAUCUCACCAAGUUUUGUUCAAUAUGUCUUAAGUAUUUUUUACUGAGUGCCUUAUUCGCGAUUUUUUUGUGUUGUAUGAAGUUCAAGCAGAAUUGGAAAAUACAUUGUUUAAACACUCUUAUUGCCUCAAUAGUUUCUGGUAAUGUUAGUUGUUUAGACAAAACAUUUGCAAUCAGCUUUGCAAUUUUUAAAUGAAUUUGAAGGACACAUUUUUAAAUCUUUCUUGUUACCUGACAGAUAUGUAAGAAGAUUACACUGGUGAUCGUUAUGUAGAUAUUUUAUCCCGUGCUUGAGUCGUGAAAAAACAACGAUUUUUAUAUAUAUUUAACAUUUGUAACUGUUGUUGGGUUGUAUUCAUUGUUAAUAUUGACACGGUGGGAGAUCUUACGCGACUAUUGCUUUUUAUGUUCUUAAAUGUUCUUAGAGUUAUUACAAGUGUUGCUAUCUAUGACCAUUGUCAGCAAUAACCCAUUAAAAAUAUUUACUGUA